UCUCUAUCCUGCUCUGUUUCCUUCAAAAAGAAUCGGGGAGCAUGGCAAACCUCAGAGUCUCCUACUUGCUCUUGCUUCUCUCAAUUUUAGCCUUUUCAGAUGGAGGUUCAAUUGGAAUAAACUAUGGCCGAGUUGCUAACAACCUGCCACCUCCAUCGAAAGUGGUGGAGCUUCUGAAAUCACAGGGAUUCGACCGAGUUAAGCUGUACGACACCGACUCGGAAGUCCUCACUGCGCUAGCCAACUCGGGUAUAAGUGUCACCGUUGCACUCCCCAACGGGCUCCUCUCCUCCACCGCUGCGGACCAAUCGUUCGCUGACAAUUGGGUCCAAACCAACAUCUCUCAGUUCUAUCCUGCUACCAAAAUCGAAGCCAUUUGCGUCGGAAAUGAGGUAUUCGUUGACCCCAAUAACACGACCAAGUUUCUCAUACCCGCCAUGAAGAACAUCCAUGCCUCGCUUGCCAAGUACAGCCUUGAUUCUGCUAUCAAAAUCUCGUCCCCUGUAGCUCUCAGCGCCCUUCAAUCUUCAUACCCAUCCUCAUCCGGAUCUUUCAAGUCCGAGCUAGUCGAACCCGUCAUGAAGCCCAUGUUGGACCUUCUGCGUCAAACCGGGUCGUACUUCAUGGUCAACGUGUACCCAUUUUUCGCAUACACCGCAGACUCGAACGAUAUCUCCUUAGACUACACUUUGUUUAAGCAAAACCCGGGUGUGGUGGAUUCCGGUAACGGGUUACGUUACAACAGCCUGUUCGAUGCCCAAGUCGACGCCGUUUUCGCUGCCCUGUCCGCUGUAAAGUACGAUGACGUGAAGAUAGUAGUCACUGAGACUGGGUGGCCCUCACUGGGUGAUACGAACGAGAUUGGUGCAAGCAAAGACAAUGCGGCGUCGUAUAAUGGUAAUUUGGUACGUAGGGUCCUCACCGGCGGUGGGACCCCCCUACGACCACAGGAUCAACUCGACGUUUUUCUCUUCGCCUUGUUCAACGAGAAUGAAAAAACGGGUCCCACAUCGGAGAGGAACCUUGGCCUAUUUUACCCCAGUGAGCAGAAGGUAUACGACGUACCCCUGACACAAGCGGAGCUCGACGGUAGGCAGUCAACUCUCGUCAACGGGAGCAAGUGCCAGCAGGUUCCACCGACCGGUGAUGUAACGGAGACGUCUGUGGGCUCGGGUACAAGGGUUUCUAUAAAGAUUCUUGUCUUCUUGGGUCCCCCUUCGAUUCUGAUCACCUGUUUUCUAGGGGGUCGUUUGUAUUUUCAAGUUAGGAGUUGAGAAUAGUAUAAUAAAAAUUAAAUUAUUAUUA